AUGGAGGAGACGCGGCCCGCCGAAGACGGCCAGCGUGAGCUCAAGCAGUCAGUUACUCGCGGCACCCGGUUCUGGAUGGUGUUUGUUUCGCUCUGUUUUGCAUCCUUCGUUGCAUCCCUGGAUAUAACGGCCAUCACCACUGCGCUACCAACCAUCACCCGCGAGCUCCACGGCGAAGAAAACUAUGUUUGGAUCGCGAACUCGUAUACGCUGGCUUCCGCCGUUGUCCAGCCACUCACUGGCCAGGUCUCUAACAUUAUCGGCCGUCGAAACCCCAUGAUAGCCAUGGUCUGCCUCUUCGCGCUGGGCAGUGGCCUCUGCGGUGGCGCGACCUCGACAGCCAUGAUGAUUGCUGGGCGAACCAUUCAAGGCCUCGGUGCCGGCGGCAUUCUUCUUCUACUAGAUGUCAUCGUAAGCGACCUUGUUCCUCUACGCCAGCGAGCUCAGUAUGUCGGCAUCGCGCUCUCUACCUGCGCACUGGGGACGUCGCUGGGCCCGUUGAUAGGAGGUGUCCUGGUCGAGCAUGCUAGCUGGAGAUGGGUCUUCUAUAUCAACCUUCCCUUUUCGGCCUUAGCCCUGAUAUCACUUGUGCUCUGCCUCAAAGUCCAGCACCAGCGUGAGGCAACGUGGAGACGGGCUUUAGCUCGUGUCGAUUGGAUCGGAAAUGCCAUAUUUAUUGUUGCAAUUUGUGCUAUCAUGUACGCCUUGGUUAUUGGCGGUGCCUUAUAUCCAUGGUCCUCUUACCACGUCCUUGUCCCUCUUGUCCUAGGCGCGGUCGGAUGGGCACUGUUCCACGUCUUUGAAGCAUCCCCUUACUGCUUGGAACCCACCAUGCCCCCUCGUUUAUUUCGCAACAGGACCUCGAUGGGCGCAUAUAUCCUCUCCUUUCUUGGAGCGAUGUUAAUGCAAUGGAUCGUCUACUUCCUGGCCUUCUUCUUCCAGUCAGUCAUGAGCCAGUCCACCACCAUGUCGGGAGUUUCCGUCAUACCCUUUACGGGCUUCCUUAUACCAUCGGCCAUUCUCGGUGGCGUCAUCAUAUCCAAGACAGGAGCCUAUCGCCCCUUACAUUGGGCAGGGUUCGCCAUAAUCUCCAUAUGCAUGGGGCUCUUCAGUACUUGGUCUGUCCGCACCUCUCGUGCCGAAUGGGUUACCCUACAGUGUCUUGUAGGGAUCGGCAAUGGCUUCCUUCUGACUAGCAUUCUUCCCGCUAUUCAAGGAGCACUACCAGAAUCAGACAAUGCCACUGCAACUUCAGCCUAUGCGUUUCUUCGCAGCUUUGGUUUCGUAUGGGGUGUUGCUAUCCCAGCCGUGGUUUUCAAUGGUCAAGUUGACCGCUUCCUGGGUAAAGUCAGCGAUCCUGCUCUCCGCAGCAAGCUUGCCCGUGGCGGUGCAUACUCUUUAGUAGGAACUUCAUUCUUUGAAAGUCUUGGCUCAGAGAAAGAUGCCGUACAAUCAGUCUAUACAGACAGUUUGAAAACAGUGUGGCAGGUUGGCAUGGCUUUUGGGUUGCUCGGAUUUGUCCUCGUUGGAGUGCAGAAACACAUUGAGCUACGGACCACCUUGGAGACUGAUUUUGGACUAGAAGAUGCCCCUCAACAAAGAGAUACAUCGGCAGAAGAAGGAGCCACUGCGGCGAAUGAACCGGCACAGGCUCCUACAUCAAAGGCCCAAUGA